AUGCCGUUACUCGCUCCGCGCGCCACCAGCCGUCCACUACCCUUGCGCCGAAUUUUCCUGUGGCGCACAGUUUGUGACAGUCAUCCUGGCCUGUGGACCGCACGGGCUGCGCUCUGCGCCGCGAAGGCAAGCGUACCGAAUGCAGGUCAGCACCCUUUUGGAAUUCAGAUCCAUAAUGGAAUGCAGCGCCCUUCUUUUGGUACUCAGCGCCCUUGUCCCUGCGGCAGGGCCGCGCCCGGUGAUCUCGCGACCUACCCGCUCGAGGCUACCCGGGGCCCAUCCCUGUUGGAGAGCUGCGCCCGCGAGGCGGUGCUCCAUCUGGACGAGGCGCCGUGCCUGCACCUGGCCGGCACCACUGGCGCGCCGGGCUUUACCCGGCAGGCGGUGCCGGAGUCCGUGGCGGCCGAUCCGCAGCUGUGGCCAGGGAUGGGCAAGGCCAUUGCCAAUCUGGACCCCGAAGUCCUGAUGCUUGUGCAUCGUGUGCCAGACAACCCCAGUCCCAAGGCUUGCUUGAAGCUGCAGUUAGAGGCGGCAUUGGCACAGGCCCCUGGCUCUGUUCACGAUGCUCCCGACGCCUUGCAGCUCUGGUCACAAUCUUUGAUGCCUUGUGGGAGGAUCCAUGCCAUGCCUGGCAGUGGUAGAGACAGCUGUCACAGCAAUUGCAAUGACUCCAGUCCAAACUGCCUCAAUUUUCAUGAGGGGUCUGAUUUAAACCGGGAACGUGCUGCUGGCAGACAAAAGGGGGAAGCGCACCCGAGAAGGGACAUCGCGUUUUGGGGCAUCGUGAUUCAGUCCAAGCUGAGGAGGGCUGUUGAGGGCUGCUAUUUGCUGAAGACUGUGAGCAACAUUGAUAUCAACGGCGUCGCUUCCACACACUUUUCCUUGAACAGGGUGACUAUGGAUGUGCCCCUUGGCAAGCAGCUGCAGGCGGCAUGGCUUGUGUAG